CUUUUUUGAUUUUCCAGCGGCACUUUUCUACGUCCCUUCGAUGCAGGCCAUUCUUGCCGCUUGCCUCCAAGUUUACAUCAAGAACCAGACGGCUAUAAAACGUUUCACCAUUCUUAUAUCAUCCAUUACUCUUGCACAUUUACAUCAUGUCCCUUGCUAAAGACGCUACUCCGGUCCUCAAGGCCGCAGACAUGCCGGAAGAGUUGCAGUACAAUGUAUUUGAGUUAGCUGGCAAGUUUUCCCAGGAACACCAGUUGGAGAAGGACAUUGCCCAGCUGUUGAAGAAAGCGUUGGACGAGGAGUACGGGCAUACAUGGCACGUAAUUGUGGGUAAUUCCUUCGGCUCCUACGUCACCCAUGAAAUGGGCUUUUUUGUCUACUUCUAUAUCGGUCCAAAGGCCUUUUUGUGCUACAAGUCUGGGUAAGUCCUCCGUUUACCGAUGAGAGUGCAUGGCCUGAGGAUGAUACUAAUGCAAUAAUGUAUUUUAUUUAAGCGAGUGUAAGACGGUGGGGCAAUCUACUGGGCAAUGAAUAUGCGAGCAAGGCUUCUUGGUUCCAACAGAUGAAGCUUUUAACGUUUUGAUGGCCAGGCAUAUUUUUCAGUAAGGAAUCCUCGAUCUGGUUCCCAGAUUCUGAUUUGGUUUUAUCUGAAUCCCGGUCUCAAAUGGAAUCUGUAUGGAACUCUUCAAAGGCCCGAGUGUGUGGACCAAACUUGUUUCAGUUAGGCACCGGAGGCGGAAUAUGUGAAGAUACAAGCUAAAAGUCAGAUAAUCUGGCCGCUGCUGCCAUACCAUUGUGGGGUAUAUGAAAUGAAGCGGCAUCUCUAGUUGCAAGCCGCUAUCUCUUGCCGCAAACCAUCAUUGAUUAAUAAUUAACGACAGUCUCUUUAAUAUCGGAAA